GGCUUUGGCCCCGCCUGGGGCAGGAUGGUGAAUCUGGAACCCAUGCACACAGAUAUCAAGAUGAGUGGGGAUGUAGCGGAUUCCACAGACGCUCGCAGCACUCUCAGUCAGGUGGAGACAGGAAAUGAUCGAAAUGGCCUAGAUUUCAGCAGGCAGAUUAAAACUGAGGACCUCAGUGACUCCCUGCAGCAGACCCUCUCACAUCGGCCAUGCCACCUGAGUCAAGGACCUGCCAUGAUGUCCGGAAACCAGAUGUCUGGGGACAUGACCUCCCUCCAUCCGCUCCAGCAGCUCGUGCUAGUUCCCGGCCACCUACAGUCUGUCUCCCAGUUCCUGCUAUCUCAGACCCAGCCUGGACAGCAAGGUCUGCAGCCAAAUCUUCUCCCCUUUCCACAGCAACAAGGCUCUCUCCUCCUCCCGCAGACUGGGCCUGGCCUGGCGUCCCAGGCAGUUGGGCACCCCGGGCUGCCAGGAUCCUCUUUAGAACCCCACCUGGAAGCGUCCCAGCAUCUCCCAGUGCCCAAGCAUCUACCCAGCUCGGGAGGGGCCGACGAGCCCAGUGACCUGGAAGAGCUGGAGAAGUUUGCCAAGACCUUCAAGCAGAGACGCAUUAAGCUGGGCUUCACACAGGGAGACGUGGGGCUAGCGAUGGGAAAGCUUUACGGCAAUGACUUCAGCCAGACCACCAUCUCACGAUUUGAGGCCCUCAAUCUGAGCUUCAAGAACAUGUGCAAACUGAAGCCGCUGCUGGAGAAGUGGCUGAAUGAUGCAGAAUCCUCUCCAUCAGACCCCUCUGUGAGCACCCCCAGCUCUUACCCCACCCUCAGCGAAGUGUUUGGUAGGAAGAGGAAGAAACGGACCAGCAUCGAGACCAACAUCCGUCUGACUCUAGAGAAGAGAUUUCAAGAUAACCCCAAACCCAGCUCAGAGGAGAUCUCCAUGAUUGCAGAGCAGUUGUCCAUGGAGAAGGAGGUGGUGAGGGUCUGGUUCUGCAACCGACGCCAAAAGGAGAAGCGAAUCAACUGCCCUAUGGCCACACCCAUCAAAUCACCCAUUUACAACUCCCGACUGGUCUCUCCCUCUGGGGCUCUGGGCCCCCUCUCUGUCCCUCCUGUCCACAGCACCAUGCCUGGAACAGUAACGUCAUCCUGUUCCCCUGGGAACAAUAGCAGGCCUUCGUCUCCUGGCUCAGGACUCCACGCCAGCAGCCCCACUGCAUCUCAAAAUAACUCCAAAGCAGCAGUGAACUCCUCCUCCAGCUUUAACUCUUCGGGAUCUUGGUACCGAUGGAAUCAUCCCACCUACCUCCACUGAGACCAAAAAGUUUCUCCUGUUCCACCUGGCCCUGUAUUCCCCACUGGAAGGGAGGGAAUCACACCUUCUCUGUAUGGACAGAUUACUUUCAGAAGAGUGGCAGAGAAUCCCCACUAUCAAUGAACCCAAAUUCUUGCCUUCUUCAGGAGCGAGGGCCUCUGGAGAUCCAAACUGUGACUGACCCAUGUGCUGACUCCUAGUGCUCUUGAAAUAUGUACCCCUCCUAGGAGUUUGCCACUUUCCCCUUCCUUGUCUGUGCCCUUAUCCUCUAGUUCUAAAUAUUUUAGACGGCUUCACUGUGGCAGUUAUCUUUAGAGAAAGGACUUCUUACCAUGAUUCUCCAACUCAUCUGUGGGCUUCUGGGGACAGCCAUUGGCUCAGUGUGCCAAACAACCAGAAGGGGAGACAACGAUUUUGACUCUGAACUUAGCCACAAUCUCUGAACUGAUUCUAAAAUCUGUGGAAAGAUUUGAAUCUGAUGUCUCCGCCAAAGCCUUGAUGGUUUCUCUGUUCAGCAAAGUUGUCUGACUGAAUCAUCGUUUCACCCCAUUUUCCUUUUAGCCCUGCCCCCCUUUCUAGAACCAAAUCCAUCAAUGAUUGAGUUCUCCAAGUUCCCUUCUCUUGACAGACGGCUGAGCCACCUUCAGUCCCCAGGUGCAUCUCUCUGCCCACAGCUGCUCUCCUGUCUGCUACACCUGCCUGGAGUUCAGCAGUGCUCGUUCCUCCUCUCCUUCCCUCUGUUUCUCCUCAUCUCGUCCUCUCUCCCUUCUCCUGGCUGCAGAAAGAAGAACACAAAAGCCAACAUGCAACAAUUAUGCUGGCAAAAUACUUGUAUAUAGCCCUUUCCUGUUUUUACAUUAUAUUCUUCUCUCCUUCUUGUGGAGUUUUCCAGCAAAAUGUUUAACUCAGGUGUGAAUUUUGAGGAUGUCUC